AUGGAAACAGUGGUGCAGGCCAAAAUGGACUCAAAAGCGAAGACAGUGGUGAAGACGAAGAGGAAGGAUAAGGCGAACAAUCCUAUGAGAGAAGUACGGAUCCGGAAACUGUGUCUCAACAUCUGUGUGGGAGAGUCCGGUGAUAGACUGACCCGAGCGUCCAAAGUGUUGGAACAGUUGACAGGACAACAGCCCGUCUUCUCGAAGGCCAGAUAUACUGUCCGAUCGUUCGGUAUCCGUAGGAAUGAGAAGAUAGCCGUUCACUGCACUGUCAGAGGACCCAAAGCUGAGGAGAUCCUCGAGAAGGGUCUUAAGGUAAAAGAGUAUGAAUUGCGAAAAGAGAACUUCUCGGACACCGGAAACUUCGGGUUCGGUAUUCAAGAGCACAUCGACUUAGGCAUCAAAUACGACCCGAGUAUCGGUAUCUAUGGUCUGGACUUUUUCGUGGUGUUGGGCAGACCGGGAUUCAAUGUGGCCCAUCGGCGCCAUAAAGUAGGAACUGUUGGAAAGCCGCACCGUCUGACCCGAGACGACGCCGUGAAGUGGUUUCAGCAGAAAUAUGACGGAAUCAUUCUUCCGCCGAAAGCGAAACAAUAAUUUGCCGAAAAUACUGUUUGUAUUUAAAGACUUUUGAUCAAUAAAAAUGACCCAAAAAUUAGA